GAAGCACUACCAAAGAAAAACAGUCCAGACUUACAGAGCUUGAAGCACCUGCCAUUUCUUCUCAGCCAGAUUCAGCAGGUAGAACAAGGUGGACCUGGGAGGAAAAGGACUUAGGGAGCAGGAGGAAGAAAAGGCAAUGGGACUUCUGGAAAUGUACAGUAGUCACCAGAACUAAAGCCCAGCAGGUGAGCUAAGUAGAGCCUAGGCAUAGAGGAGAGAACAAAUAGACUGGACAGAAGAAGGCUUGGAAGGCCACGUGUGCAGAGUCUGACUUAUGGCUGGCGUCUUGUAGUUUGCAAGGAGAACAAGCCCUGGCAUUCACUAUUCCAAGAAAUUAUGUGUGGAAGCAUGGCUCUCCAUCAGCCAUAGGAAGGAAGGAUGCUGACAUGUCAGGCCUGAUUGUUAGCACUGAUACGGUGACACUGUCGGCACUGCUACGGACGGCACCGACACGGACGGACAACGAGGCUGGACUUGCAAGUUGCCAGCUGUUCUGCCAGCCACUGUGCAACGUAAAAAGAAGUUAUGCGCAUUGGCUGGUCUGCAGAACCGGGGGCUGUGUGCCAUGGCGGUUGAAGUGGUCUGCUUGACCUCGGGGUAUUUUUCCUGGACUCCAUCAUCAUGGCACUCCUCCCUAUUCCAUCCACGAUGCAGAACCUGUUCCUGUUUGAUGACGAUUAAGGACGCGCUCUUUGAUGAACAGCCAGCGCUUAGGAUCUGCCUGAACAGGGUCAGAGACCAUUUGAGUCACAGCUGAGGAAAAUGAAAUUUCCAUUUUAUUUUGUGCCUUGUGCAGGGAGCACACUAACUCUUCCGGACACGUGUGAGUGAAAAAGAGGUUGAGUUUUGAUAAAUAGAAACUCAGGGUUAUGGCGGGUGACCCGACGUGAUCCGAGAGGGCAAGAGCCACCAAGAACUCAUGACAGGCUAUACCAUGUUGCGGAAUGGGGGAGUGGGGAAUGGUGGUCAGACCUGUAUGUUGCGCUGGUCCAACCGCAUCCGGCUGACGUGGCUCAGUUUCACACUCUUCAUCAUCCUGGUCUUCUUCCCCCUUAUCGCUCACUAUUACCUCACAACCCUGGAUGAGGCGGACGAGGCUGGCAAGCGGAUCUUCGGCCCGAGGGCCGGCAGCGAGCUUUGCGAGGUGAAGCACGUUCUGGAUCUCUGCCGCAUCCGAGAAUCCGUGAGUGAAGAGCUGCUGCAGCUGGAAGCCAAGCGGCAAGAGCUCAACAGUGAGAUCGCCAAGCUCAACCUGAAGAUCGAAGCCUGCAAGAAGAGCAUCGAGAAUGCCAAGCAGGACCUGCUGCAGCUCAAGAAUGUCAUCAGCCAGACGGAGCACUCCUACAAGGAGCUGAUGGCCCAGAACCAGCCCAAACUCUCCCUGCCCAUCCGGCUGCUCCCUGACAAGGACGAUGCCGGCCUUCCUCCCCCCAAGGUCACACGGGCUUGCCGGCUGCACAACUGCUUUGAUUACUCUCGCUGUCCUCUGACCUCUGGCUUUCCAGUCUAUGUCUACGACAGUGACCAGUUUGCCUUUGGCAACUACCUGGACCCCUUGGUCAAGCAGGCUUUCCAGGCUACGGCAAGGACCAAUGUUUAUGUCACAGAGAAUGCAGACAUUGCCUGCCUAUAUGUGGUGCUAGUGGGUGAGAUGCAGGAGCCUGCAGCCAUACGGCCUGCUGACCUUGAGAAGCAGUUGCAUUCUCUCCCACACUGGCGGACAGAUGGACACAACCAUGUCAUCAUCAAUCUGUCCCGGAAGUCAGACACACAGAAUUUAUUGUACAAUGUUAGCACAGGCCGGGCCAUGGUGGCCCAGUCCACCUUCUAUGCGGCCCAGUACAGGCCUGGCUUUGACUUAGUUGUGUCACCGUUAGUCCAUGCCAUGUCGGAACCCAACUUCAUGGAAAUCCCACCGCAGGUGCCAGUGAAGCGGAAAUACCUUUUCACCUUCCAGGGUGAGAAGAUUGAGUCCCUGAGAUCUAGCUUGCAGGAGGCCCGCUCCUUUGAGGAGGAAAUGGAGGGUGACCCUCCCGCCGACUAUGACGAUCGGAUCAUUGCCACCCUAAAGGCUGUGCAGGACAGCAAGUUAGAUCAGGUCCUGGUAGAAUUUACCUGCAAAAACCAGCCAAAGCCCAGCCUGCCUACUGAGUGGGCACUGUGUGGGGAGCGGGAAGACCGGCUAGAAUUGCUGAAGCUCUCCACCUUUGCCCUCAUCAUCACCCCAGGGGACCCCCACUUGGUUAUCUCAUCUGGGUGUGCAGCACGGCUCUUUGAAGCCCUUGAGGUGGGUGCUGUCCCAGUUGUCCUGGGGGAGCAGGUACAGCUCCCAUACCAGGACAUGCUACAGUGGAACGAGGCAUCCCUGGUGGUACCCAAGCCACGUGUUACAGAGGUUCACUUCCUGUUACGGAGUCUCUCAGACAGUGAUCUGCUGGCUAUGAGACGGCAAGGCCGCUUUCUCUGGGAGACUUAUUUCUCCACCACUGACAGUAUUUUCAAUACUGUGCUGGCUAUGAUUCGGACUCGAAUACAGAUCCCAGCUGCUCCCAUCAGGGAGGAGAUAGCAGCUGAGAUCCCCCAUCGUUCAGGAAAGGCGGCUGGAACUGACCCCAACAUGGCGGACAAUGGGGACCUGGACCUGGGGCCGGUGGAAACGGAGCCGCCAUAUGCCUCGCCUAAAUACCUCCGAAACUUUACUCUGACUGUCACAGACUUCUACCGCAGCUGGAACUCGGCUCCUGGGCCUUUCCAUCUUUUCCCACACACACCCUUUGACCCUGUGUUGCCCUCAGAGGCCAAGUUCCUGGGCUCUGGGACUGGAUUUCGGCCCAUCGGUGGCGGAGCUGGGGGUUCCGGCAAGGAGUUUCAGGCAGCACUGGGAGGCAAUGUUCCCCGGGAACAGUUCACAGUGGUGAUGCUGACUUAUGAGCGGGAAGAAGUGCUAAUGAACUCCUUAGAGAGACUCAAUGGCCUCCCUUAUCUCAACAAGGUAGUGGUGGUGUGGAACUCUCCCAAGCUGCCCUCAGAGGACCUUCUGUGGCCUGACAUUGGCGUCCCCAUCAUGGUGGUCCGUACUGAGAAGAACAGUUUGAACAAUCGAUUCUUGCCCUGGAAUGAGAUUGAGACAGAGGCCAUCCUGUCUAUUGAUGAUGAUGCUCACCUCCGCCAUGAUGAAAUCAUGUUUGGGUUUCGGGUGUGGAGAGAGGCAAGGGACCGCAUCGUGGGCUUCCCUGGCCGGUACCAUGCGUGGGACAUCCCUCAUCAGUCCUGGCUCUACAAUUCCAACUACUCCUGUGAGCUGUCCAUGGUGCUGACAGGUGCUGCCUUCUUUCACAAGUAUUAUGCCUACCUGUAUUCUUAUGUGAUGCCCCAGGCCAUCCGAGAUAUGGUGGAUGAAUACAUCAACUGUGAGGAUAUCGCCAUGAACUUCCUUGUCUCCCACAUCACACGGAAACCCCCCAUCAAGGUGACAUCGCGGUGGACUUUCCGAUGCCCAGGGUGUCCUCAAGCCCUGUCACAUGAUGACUCCCACUUCCACGAGCGGCACAAGUGUAUCAACUUCUUCGUCAAGGUGUAUGGCUAUAUGCCCCUCCUGUACACGCAGUUCAGGGUGGACUCUGUGCUCUUCAAGACCCGCCUGCCCCAUGACAAGACCAAGUGCUUCAAGUUCAUUUAGGGCUGUUGCAGGUUUUGCGGAGAGGAUGGGCAGAGUGAGGGAGCUUACUCCCAAGGUUCCCAGGCAUUGAAGGACCUUGGGGACAUCUGCUGGGUGGGUGGCCCAGACCCUCUGCUGAGAGAGGCAGCAGGAAGCAUGGAGAGAGAGUAGCUGCCUUUAUCUUGAAGUCGGCCACACUGGGCCUGGAACCCUGGUCAGCUGAACCCUAGUCAGCAGACUCGGGGCUUCCACACAGAGCACUGCCAGAUAGUGAACACUGAGGACCACGGGGACUCUGGAGAGUCACGAGUUCAUAAGCCCAGGAUGGCUGGCUCGUGGUUUUUCAAGAACAACUAUUUUAUUUAAAGAGAGUUUCACAUCUGC